AUGACCAGCGCGCCGCACCAGCGCCGCUCUGCCGGCCCUCCCGCCGCCGCCGCCGGCCCGGGCGCCGGGGCCGGCCCGGGGCCCGACGAGGACUCCGAGUCCCGGGAGAAGAUGCUGCGGCGGCGGAACGGCGGCGGCGGCGGCGGCGGCGACGGGCGCGGGGACGACGAGGGCGUGACCCUGCAGCGCUCCAUCACGCUGCUCAACGGCGUGGCCAUCAUCCUGGGCACCAUCAUCGGCUCGGGCAUCUUCGUGGCGCCCACGGGCGUGCUAAAGGAGGCCGGCUCGCCCGGCCUGGCGCUCGUCGUGUGGGCCGCCUGCGGCGUCUUCUCCAUCGUGGGCGCGCUCUGCUACGCCGAGCUGGGCACCACCAUCACCAAGUCCGGCGGCGACUACGCGUACAUGCUCGAGGUCUACGGGCCGCUGCCUGCCUUCCUCAAGCUCUGGGUGGAGCUGCUCAUCAUCCGGCCCUCGUCGCAGUACAUCGUGGCGCUCGUCUUCGCCACGUACCUGCUCAAGCCGCUCUUCCCCAGCUGCCCGGUGCCCGAGGACGCGGCCAAGCUGGUGGCCUGCCUCUGCGUGCUGUUACUUACAGCGGUGAAUUGUUACAGCGUGAAGGCCGCUACUCGGGUCCAGGAUGCGUUUGCUGCAGCAAAACUGCUGGCUUUGGCCUUGAUCAUUCUUCUUGGCUUCAUUCAAAUUGGAAAGGGAGAGGUCUCCAAUUUGAGCCCCCAGUUAUCAUUCGAAGGCACCAAUUUAGAUGUUGGGAACAUAGUGUUGGCGUUAUACAGCGGCCUCUUCGCCUACGGUGGCUGGAAUUAUUUGAAUUUUGUCACAGAGGAGAUGAUAAACCCUUACAGAAAUUUGCCCCUGGCCAUCAUCAUUUCGCUUCCUCUGGUCACCUUAGUGUACGUCCUAACAAACCUGGCUUACUUCACCACCUUGUCCACCGAGCAGAUGCUGAGUUCAGAAGCUGUGGCCGUGGACUUUGGAAACUAUCACCUGGGCGUCAUGUCCUGGAUCAUCCCUGUCUUCGUGGGCUUGUCAUGCUUUGGAUCAGUCAAUGGCUCACUUUUCACCUCCUCCAGGUUGUUUUUUGUAGGCUCCAGGGAGGGCCACUUGCCUUCUAUCCUUUCCAUGAUCCACCCCAAGAACCUCACUCCUGUGCCAUCACUCGUAUUCACGUGCGCCAUGACCCUGCUCUACGCUUUCUCCAAUGACAUCUUCUCCGUCAUCAAUUUCUUCAGUUUCUUCAACUGGCUUUGUGUGGCCCUGGCCAUCAUCGGGAUGAUGUGGCUCCGUUUUAAGAAGCCAGAAUUGAACAGACCCAUAAAGGUGAACCUCGUCUUGCCUGUCUUUUUCAUACUGGCCUGCCUGUUCCUGAUAGCUGUCUCUUUUUGGAAAACUCCGGUGGAGUGCGCAAUCGGCUUUGUCAUCAUCCUCACGGGAAUUCCGAUUUAUUUCAUCGGCGUUUGGUGGCAGAACAAACCCAAGUGGCUGCUUCAAGGCAUCUUUUGCACGACAGUCCUGUGCCAGAAGCUCAUGGAGGUGGUUCCGCAGGAGUCCUGAGUACAGUAACCCUUUAAGAGGGAACACACAGAGGUCACUUGGAAAGAACACACCCACCCAUUCCUUCAGAAAGACAAACGAGUGAGCCCGGCGACGUCCACGCCCUCAUCCCAUCCUCCCGACGGCCUGGCCAGAGUUGCCAUGCCGGCCUUCUCUCUUCCUCUGCUUGAGCCCGGCAGCUUUGAAAGACAGACCCGCGGUACAAAUGAAUCUCUCCUGGAUACCUCCUCAGGACCCCCAGACGGGGCAGGGAACAAGUUGCUGAAUUAGGCAUUAAGACUUUGGAUUGGUGACUGAAAGCUAGAUGUUAUUUUUGGGGAGUUUUUUUGUUUUCCUUCAUUUUAUUUUAUUUUUAACUUAAGGUUCAGUCUAGUAAAUGCCGGCGAUACGAUUUCUUUUUACGAGUGAGAAUAUUAUUUUUUCAAUGCUGCCAACUGUACCCACGUACCUCUGGAUGGCAUGACACAUUGACUCCAGUUCAAGCAGCACUCCUUUGUCGACCUUUCUCCAGUGGUCUCGCAACUUUGGAGAAGGGGGUCUUCCGAAGACCAGACACUCCAGGGCACAAGUGGACAGAACUACUGAGACUUGAUACAAUGUUGAUUUGAAAUGGGGGCCUGCACUGAUGCCCACGGAGGGUCUGCUUCCGCUCCUCAUUUUGUGUUACCGCACAAUGAUGUUGGGUUGUUGGUUUGUGGUUUUUUAAGUUGUCAUAAAUGGAGCUAGUUCAAACUGAA